UCCGGUCCGACCAGGAAGUGCUGCACCGUUGCCAUGGCGACCGCGGGGCAGGCGGUGUCCCUGGCGCUGGUGGCCGUGCUGUGGGGCGGGAGCAGCCCCUUCCUGCGGGCGGGAGCAGCGGGAAUGGAGGACGUUCGCGGGAGGGGCCGCCUGGGGCAGCUCCUGGCCGAGAUCCGAUUCCUCGGCCUCAACUGCAAGUACAUGGGGCCCUUUCUGCUCAACCAAGGGGGAUCCCUCCUCUUCUACCUCACCUUGGCCUCCACAGACCUGUCCCUGGCAGUCCCUCUCUGCAACUCCCUGGCUCUGGUGGUGACCCUGCUGACCGGGAGGAUCCUGGGAGAGGAUGUUGGUGGCAAACGGGCUGUGGCAGGGAUGCUGCUCACCAUCCUGGGGGUCUCGCUGUGUGUGGUUGGUUCAGGAACCAGCAGAGGGGCAGAACCUGAUCCAAGGUAACCCCCCCCUCCUGUGGCUGAGGGGGCUCCUGGCUCAGCCACACCUGGGAAAGGUGGAUUUGGACACCCAAAACCCAUGGAUAUUCCCUGAGCAGCAGGGUGGAACGAGGCACAUCCUGUUCCACGUCUUCAGGAGUUUUUUUUUGGGGGGGUGUUUCAAGAGGACGACGAUUCAAUCUGCUCAGCACUGAAGGGGGCAAUAAAUGCUGAAUAAAUCAUUCAAUGG